AUGCCACCUUUUAUGCGGUACACGGCAGAACUGGAGCAAACCGCUGAAGCCAGAGUCCGAGGGAAGCAUGAACUUGGCAUUGGUGGUGGGCCAGAGCAAGUCACUGCUCGACCGGAUGGGACACUUGAAUCAGACCCUGAUGCUUCUUCUAGGGCUAAUCGUGCAACCUGCCCCCAAGAACCUCAUCGAGCGAAUUCAACACCGUACUGCACACGACCUUCAAGCGAGUCAGUGAGGAGGAAGAUGACCACAGGGCAGAGUUUGCGUAGGCCUGGCUCACCAAUGGCCAUAAAAAACUGGAAUGCCUACGACGCCAACAUCAAAAGGGCAGUCCGCAGCCUCACCAGUUGUGGAGGACAGCUCCGCACCUUUGGAAAGACAAUCGCUUCAUCGACGAAGACAGGUGCUCACGUACUAUUUAAAUACGAUGACCCUAUUGAGCUUGGGAACGGACAACCAUCCAACUCGCAAGACGAAACUUACAACUGA